GAAAUUUGACAGAAAACUGUUCGAAAAUAUUCCCGGAGCAAUGGAGUGUGGUGAUUUGUUUCAUUUAUGUUAAUUUGUAUUUGAAAAUGCUACUAGAUCGCUAGUGAAGUGCUCGAUUGCAAGGCGAUAAAAUCAAAGACAAUGAUUUGCGUUACCUGCCAACGAUACCAUCAAUCAAAUUGAAUUGGAAUUGCGAAAACAUAAUUGGGAGACAAUCAAAGACGAAAGAUUUUUUGUGUGUUCGUCGUGUUAAUUUUGUUUACUCUCGUAAAAGUUCAAUUGACGGAAAAAGAUAUUUACAAAUUCAUCCACGAUCUAACCGACGAUAUUAAACAGUUCGAUUACCACCACAUUGUUGCACAAAAUCAUCUCUAAAUCAAAAAAUAUGGACGAACAACAUGCGAAUCUAAAAUCGACGAAUGUGAAGAAAGUUACACCGCCACCAGUCGAAUCGUCAAUUAACCAACGACCCAGACGAUCGAUAAAACAUAAAUUCAUAAAAUGCAAUCGAGAUUCGCCGGAGAAGAGCUUCGGUGCAGAGACUUCAACCGAAGUGACAACCAAUGCCGAAAAUGUUUUUGCACCCGAACCGGAUACAUCAUGCCCAUCAACUUCACAUGGAACCGUAACCAAAGCAAAAACUCAGCAGAAAUCGAAUUCUAAGAAGAAUGCACGACAAAGCGGCCGACAGAAUCGUUGCAAAGAGGUUGAAGAUAGUAACCUGCAAAUGGUUGAAAUUAUCGACGAUCCAUCCGAUGAUCCGAACGUGUCGAUCGAGGAAAUUAUCGAAACUUGUGUGCUUGAUGCAGAGGAGUAUCAGAGAAUGGUUGCCUGUUCGAAAGACGCAGUGUCCACCGAUUCAUCAUCCAAUACAUCCAAUACAGUUACUUGCGCAACGGAUCUGAGCGAAGAAAGUUCACAAUCGAAGAGUAAAACGAAUUACGAUUCAAUUUGCAAACAGAAUUCGUGCGACAAACAGAUUUCUGUUGGUUUGGUCGACUGUAUGAAGAGUAAAAAUUAUCUGAAGCGUUUGAAUGAUGAACGUAGUAAGACUACUGCCAGUGGUACAACCAAUACAUUUGAAGGAGUUUUAAGCGCAUCCAUAGACGACAGCAAAGAAAUUGCUAUCACUGAUGUGAAGCCAACUGUGGAAUUCAAUUCCCCAAUUCGAACGCGGCGAGUUACUCGUUUAAGCAGUAUGUACGCGCAUAGACCAACCGAUGCACAAUUAGGUUCACCGAUUCGUAACAGUCCGAAAAUCAAAUUUGAAGCCGCACAGCCAUCAGACACCACACAAAUCACCGAACAACAAACUCAUUCUAAAGUCGAAUUAUUGGAAAAUGUCAGCACACCAGAGGACGUAUUGACACGAAUUGAAAGUAGUGAUGAAAUUAAGUGUGAGGACCGUAAUGAAAUCCUUGUCAGUUCAACGGAGCCCCAAGUAAAUACAGAAGAUUUUAGAGAAAUAUCGAGUGAAAAGUCGAACGAUGAACUAUGCACUGCUGCGGAAGUAGAUACAGAUUCGAUCGAAAUCUCAAAUGAAGUCGAAGUGCAGCAUCUCGAAACCAGCGACUCUCCUAUACAACAAGCCGAAAGCAUUCAAUCCGAUGCACAACAAAGCAUUGACACUGUUGCACAGAAUUCGGACAGCCAUGACAUCGUCGCACCAACGAUUCUGGAACAAUUAAAAUGUGACACUGAAAUUGGUGAUACGGUUCCAGUGUCAGAAGUAAAAUCCGGUGUUGAACCGGCACGCAUCGAAAUAACAUCACAGGAAUCGGAGAGCAAUGACCAACCAGCAAAUGAUGAAAAAACAAAGGAAAAGCUAAAAUCGAAGAAAGGAAGAAAACGAACCUCGGAUAAAGCCACUAUUCAACCCGUAAUUGCGCACGAUAAACAGCAAUCGCCUCCUACAAUUCAUGUACCAGAGCAUCAGUCGAUGGAACCAAAUAAAAUUGAUUCCGUUAGUUUCGUGGAAAAGAAAUCUCGCGAUUCAUAUCCAUCCAAGCAAACGCAACGCACCGCUUCCUGCGAAAAUGAAGACAACACGCGGAAACAGAAUACUUCUGGUGAUAUUGCGAAAACCGAAAAGAGUAAAAAGAAAAGGGAAAGUAGUUCCGGUAAAGACAAAACGGCGAAGCGGCCAUCCGACUCGAGUAAAACAACGGAGAAACCGUCCGAUUUGCAAUCUACACACAAAUCGUCCGAUUCACAAUCGACGCACAAAUCUUCCAGCAGCAAAUCAUGGACAGACAGAAAGAGCAGAGAUUUUAAGGAUGGUAAGCCUGUCGAGCCGAAAACAAAAUCACACUCAUCCGAAACUGAUUUGUCGACGAAAAAGUCACACAAGCGGGAUAGCAACAAGACGGAAAAGGAUAUCAUCAUGAAUCAAUUGAGGCUCCUGGAGCAGAAAGCCGCCAAUCGCAGUAAGUCAGCAUCCCAUCACGAAUCCAAUAAAGAAACAUUAGAAAAGCCGCGGGAACCUCCGGUAAAGUCGGCAAAGGCAAAACCAAUACCAGACGCCACUAAGAUAAAAUCCAAACCGAAAGAAACUGUUGCAGCUGAACCGAAAGAUGACAAACCGUCAAAUUCGAAAAGUUUGUCCGAUACAGUAUCAGCGAAUCGCAAGAACCAACAGGCAGUGAGCUCAACGUCUCGGUCUAGCACUAAGAGCAAUCGUUGUGGAACAGAUUCCAUUUUAUCGGAAUGCUACUUGCCGAAACAAGUGAAGUACGACGAAUCGUUGUACUCGAUUGAAGCUCUUAAGGCUGCCCAAGCUGCUCAAGAGGAACAAAUGAAAGCUGAUGCAGAAGCUGCGAAAAAAGCUAGAGAAAUUCUUGCAGUGAAGGAGGAACAAGCGAAAGCAGCCAGAGCAGCUGCUAGACUGGCAAAGGCUGAAGCGGAGAAAGCAGAAGCUGAAAAGGCAGCAAAAAUAGAAGCUGAGAAGGCUGCGAAAGUCGAAGCUGAGAAGAUGGCUAAAGCGGAAGCAGAGAAGGCAGCAAAACUAGCUAGAAAGGCAGCUCGUUCUAAACAAGCCAAGGAAAAUGCAAAUAAAAGCAACGAUUCACCGAGCAUUGAAAAUUUUGGCCUAUUCGCUACCAAAGAUGAUUCUCAAGAGUCACAUACAUCAAGUCCCGGUCAAGAUUUCAUUCCGGAAAACUUCAAGAAUUCUGCAGCCUUCGUUCAAUACCAGUCACAUGAUCAAUUACAAAGCGAGAUCCAGACCAAUGAAAUUAUCAUAAAGGCCGACGAGACGAUAGUACCACCAGUUGAUGAAGAAGAAACGAAUAUUCGUCGCUCCGGACGUAUUAAGACAAUCACCGAAACAAAGCAACGAGCUUGUGGCUUUGGAUUGGUUAAAGAUAAAGACAAAUUCCACAGCAUUUACGCUGGCGAUCUCAGCUACAGCAGUAUGUCAGAUUCGCAAUACAUGUCAGAUUAUAACAGCAGCAACAGCAACAGUUUGCUCGAUUUGAGCGAAAUUGGAAAAGAUUUGGAAAUGGAACCGGUUGUCGCGAAACGACAAAAGACUGCAGAAGAAUUGGAAGCGGAAAAGGCUGACGUCGCAGCUGGUUUAAGUUUAUUCAAACAAAUCGUUGAUUGUGAGUAUCGAUCGGAGCGAACCAUUAGCAAGGAAACGAAGAAAAUGACCUGCGACUGCUUCCUGACCAAAUCGGAAAUCGAACGAGGUGAACUUGGAUGCGGUGAAGACUGUCUGAAUCGUUUGAUUUUCAUUGAAUGUGGUUCACGUUGUACUAUCGGCGAUCGCUGUACGAACAAACGCUUCCAAAGACAUCAAAAUUCCGAUUGUUCGAUUUUCAGAGCCGGUAAAAAGGGUUUCGGAAUGAAAGCGGUGUCGGUGAUCGAGGCUGGCGAAUUUAUAAUGGAAUAUGUUGGCGAGGUCCUCAACAGUAAGCAAUUCGACGAACGACGAUUCAAAUAUUCCAAUGACAACAUUCAGCACCAUUACUUCAUGGCAUUGAGAAGUGACUGUGUCAUUGAUGCAACCAUCAAGGGAAACAUUUCCCGGUUUAUCAAUCACUCUUGCGACCCGAAUGCCGAAACACAAAAGUGGACAGUGAAUGGGGAGCUUAGAAUUGGAUUUUUCAGUACCAGAACCAUUCAGCCUGAUGAGGAAAUCACAUUUGACUAUCAAUUCCAACGUUACGGGAAAGAAGCUCAAAGAUGUUACUGUGAAGCGGAAAAUUGUCGCGGUUGGAUUGGCGAAGAACCUGACUCGGAAGAAGAAGAAGAUGAGGAGGAAGAAGAAUACGACGAAGAAGAAGGCGAAGAUGAAAGUGAAGAGGAGACACCGCAAAUAGAAGAAAAAGUGACUCCACUUACGACAGAGCUUCCUGGACCUGAGACAAUAGAUGAAAAUAAGUUAACCGAUCCCAUUACUAGUGUUAAGCAGGAAGACAUCAACGACAAACUGCCUGUGGACGAAAAACCAAUUUUGCCAAUCAAAAAAGAGAAGCCAGCAUCACCGGUCAAGAAAGUGAGGAAACCAAAGCUAGAACCAAAACCGAAGAAAUUCAAGAUUAAAAAAGCGGAAAUUAUGGAAGAUCCGGACUUGGAUCACGAAAUUGCCAAUUUGAUGAAAACUAAUCUGAAAAAUCAAGCGCACACUCUGCGUUUCAGUCGUUUGAUGGUUCGAGCGAAAAUGCUGGAUGCGAGAAGCAAACUUUUGAACAUUCUACGAAAUGGUGAGAUAGCAUGCAGGAGAUUGUUUCUGGACUAUCACGGAUUGAAACUGCUUCAUACGUGGAUGUGCGAUGCCGUCACAAAGAACGCGCAACAGGAAUGGGGUUUUCGCCUGGAAAUUCUGGAAACAUUAGACGUGUUGCCCAUUCCGAAUAAGAACAUGUUACAAGACAGUAAGGUAAUUGUGGUGGUCCAAAAGUGGGCUAACACUAAGAGCAUGAAAGAAAGUGUGAAAUCGCCGGAAGAAUCUCCUAGUGACAGUGGUUCGGGCACACCAAUAUCCGAUGGGAACAGUCCUCAAGUUGAAGAGGCUAAAAAUGUCGACAGUGUCAAAAUCGAAGAAUUGGAACAUAAGGAGGGAGAUGCCGUCGCUAUAAAAGUGGAACACGAUUUGUGUAAAACUGAAGCCGAAGUCACAGAUUCUUCAAAAGCAGCGACAGAUUCUUCAAAAGAAACGACAGAUUCUUCAAAAGAAGCGACAGAUUCUUCAAAAGAAGCGAGAGAUGCCGAUCCGUCGAAAGUUGCUGAUGCGUUGAAAGACGUCAGAAAAGAGUAUGAAGUUGCCGACAAAAAUGAUAGUGUAGCUACGCAGAUCGGAACCGGUGAAGAUUGCGCCGACGAUGAACUGAUGGAACAAAUUCACCUCUUGACUGCAAAGUUACUUGAGGCAUGGGAAGUGUUGAAGGAAGUAUUUCGUAUACCCAAAAAACUUCGAAUCGAACAAAUGAAAGAACACGAACAGGAAGCCAAUCGAAAUACAGAAUCGGAGGAUUCAAGCAAGCGAAACGGAGACUCUGCAAAGGAAAAAGAAAAAUUUCGAAAAGAGAAACGAACUCGUCAAACUGAUCCAACUGAUCCUGAAACGUUGCUCUUGAAAGCACAACGACGGCGUUUGUUCGAGGCGACGGUGGCAACACAAUCAAUCGAUAAAAGGAAUCACGAACGACAAAUUGAGGCCAUUCACGUAGCGAAAUGUAAAUACUUUCAAUUGGACCCACGUACAACAUCAUAUCGAGCCAUUCCGUUUAGCGUCAGCCCACUGACAGGACAAUGGUAUGCGAGAGACGGCAACCCGAUUGCUACUCCUCCCAGUCAUAUUCACAUCAAGCCUCCACAAGAACUACCGACAAAUCCCGAUGAAUACGAACUCCCACCGAUGGAUUUGCCACCUCAAUGGAAAUUCGCCAUCGACGUAAAGGGAAGGCUGUACUACUAUCACGUGAAAAUUCGCAUACCACAAUGGGAUCCUCCGAUAAAAAUACUGCCAUUAAGAGAUGAGCCAUCCAACACCGGUGACAACAGCACGGAACUGAGCGACGACAACGAAAUCGAUGGAAAAGACGAUUCGCUAAUCGUUUCAAGUAAUCCUAACGAAAUUGAUUCGGAAAAGGAAGACGAUUCCGAUGUGUCGUCCGACGCAGUUGAUAGCAGUGAAGAUGAGUUACUGCAGAAACGGCAACAAUUACUGAAUUCCUUCCAGGCCAAUCAGACUGAUUUGGAUAUCUCUGCCAAUUUAGCUGUCGAAAUAAGUGCAAUGGCAACAGUUAGUGAUAAAAGUUCAAUGGACGAUAGUAUGGAUUUGUCGUUUAACUUGGACAACUCUUUGAUGCAUUCUGUUGGCAAAAAGAAAAAUCGGGAUGGUCUAGCGACCGAGCGUUUAAUAAGCCCACGCACUGAAGAGGAGCGACUUCAAGGCAGAAUCGAAAGCCAACGGUACCGACAAAAUAAGGAGAAAAUGAAACGUCGCAAGGAAAAACUUCGACAACAGAACUCGUCCGAGCCAUCGAGAAAACUGAAAAAACUGACCGAAGGUCUACCGGUUGUUUCGCAGCAGGACGAUGAUUUGGAAGAAACGGACGAUGAAGACGAAUCGAAUGCUAGCCUUAGCGAUUUGGAAGUCAGCGGAGUAUUGAAUGCAAAAUUUGUCGACGAAUUGGAUGGAAUCAAAUCGGAUAAACUGUCAAAUCGACCGGAUCAACUGAAAAUGCGACUAGAUGCCUUACGAUCUAAUCGAAAGGUAACCAAACGAAAACGUAACGAGCCGGAACCCAUUCCUCACAAUAGUAACGAAGCAGCCAAACGGAUUAAAGAAAAAUUCUGCGCUGAAAUGUCGGGUGUGAUUGUGCAACAUUUAGGACCGUAUCGAAAGGAUGACUGUAGAAGAGGAAGAAUUAAGAGCAACGACGAUUUUAAACACUUGGCUCGAAAGCUAACACAUUUCGUGAUGCUGAAAGAGUUGAAGCACUGUGACAAUACCGUAACUGUUCUGGAAGUCACAGACUCGGUUCGAGCUAAAUCGAAAGAAUUCAUACGGAAGUACAUGGCGAAAUUUGGUGAUGUUUAUGUGAAGCCGGACAACGAUCCGGAAUACAAGGAAUUCUGUAAUACGUAAAUUGACCGUAGCUUUUAAGGACUUUAAUGAAAAGAAUUAAUUUAUUUAAUUUAAGCUCGGGUAUGUCCGCGCCAUUUUUUUGUAUAUUUUAGUGAAUACAAAAACUAUAAGAGAA